AUGGCUUCGCAAUCCCGUUACUACGCCCAGCCGUCCAAGGCCAUCCGAUUUGCCGAGUCCUUGCUUGUCAGAGCGGGCCUCACCAAAGACCAUGCCAACUUAAUGGCACACUGCUUGGCGCAAGCCGAUACACGUGGAGUGGAUACCCAUGGCUUGGCAAGGCUCCAACAAUACAUGAAGCGCGUGUCCAGCGGUCUAGUCAAUGCGAGACCCAACCUCCAAAUUUCCGAAAAGACCCCGGUCGCCGCCCACCUGGACGGCGACAACGGCUUCGGUUUUAUCGUCGCUUCAACGGCGAUGAAGGACGCCAUCCGCCGCGCCCAGACCUACGGCAUUGGCAUCGUGACUGUCAGCCACUCUAAUCACUUUGGCAUGGCCGCCACCUACGUCCUGCAAGCGCUGGAAGCCGGCAUGAUUUCUCUGGUGUUUACCAAUUCGGCGAAGCAGAUGCCUCCCUUUGGCGGCAAGGAGACGUUGUUAGGUAUUUCGCCGUUUGCAGCCGGUGCGCCAAGUGGGAAAGAGGUCCCAUAUAUUCUGGACAUGGCGCCGUCGGUAGUCGCGAAGGGCAAAAUCAGAAAGGCGGCGCGAAGGGGGGAGAAGAUUCCGCUCGGGUGGGCCUACGACAAGGAUGGAAAGCCUACCGAGGACGCCGAGGCUGCGCUAGACGGGAGCAUGGCGCCCAUCGGGGGGCCCAAGGGAUCUGGCAUCGCCAUCCUUAUGGACAUCAUGUCCGGUGUGCUUUCCGGAGCGGAAUAUGGAGGUCAAGUAGGCGAUCAGUAUAAGGAGUCCCGACCGCAGAAUGUAGGACACUGCUUCAUCGCUAUCAAGCCGGACGUGUUCAUCAGUCCUGAACAGUUCCGGGCGCGCAUGGAUACAUUGGUGCAGCGCGUCCACGGCGUUCAGCCGGCGGAUGGAUUUAGUGAGGUUCUGUUCCCGGGCGAGCCGGAGCACCGGAUCGCGCUUGACCGUAUGUCCAAGGGUAUCCCAUACGCCGAGGCAGAGAGGGCGAUGUUUGAUGAUUUGUCCAAGGAGUAUGGUUACCUAGCCGACCUGGGGAAGCCGGACCAAACCUUCCAAAUCUUGGAAGCUGCUCGGCAGGGUGGCCACGCCAUCGGAGCAUUCAACUGCUACAACGAAGACGGAGUAAUAGCCGUCAUCCGUGCCGCUGAGCAAUGCAAGUCCCCUGCUAUAAUACAGCUCUUUCCCUGGACAAUGGCGUUCCAGGGGCCCGCAUUCUGCAAAUACGUUGUCGAAGCUGCGCACACAGCCAAGGUACCGGUCGCUGUCCACCUAGACCACUGUAUCGAGCCUGAAGAUGUCGAGCUCGCGCUUACCCUCCCGUUCGACUCCAUUAUGAUUGAUGCGUCGAUCAAGGAUCCAGAGGAGAACAUCGCACAAUGCAAGAGGAUUGUGCAAAUUGCGAAUGCUAAGGGAAUAACCGUGGAGGCUGAGAUGGGUCGGAUCAAUGGCGGGGAGGAUGGGCUGCCGGCGGUGGAUUUAGAGAAUAUUCUAACAGAUCCAAAGGCUGCGGGAGAUUUUGUUACAGAGACGGGGGUUCAGUUUUUGGCGCCGUCCUUUGGGAACAUUCAUGGUAAUUACGGACCUGGAGGGCCAGAGAAAUACUGGAGACUGCCAUUGCUAGAACAAGUCCGGGACGUAGUUCCCGAGAUUCCUCUUGUCCUCCAUGGCACCCACCAGGUCAGCCCAGAGCUCUUCGUGGCCGCCCGCAGGGCUGGAAUGACCAAGAUCAACCUAAACCGAACAGUGCGGGACGACUACACCGCUUUUAUGGCGGAUAAUUCGGGAAAGCUCGAACUCACCGAGCUGAAGACCAAAGCGGUUGAAGUGUACACGAAAUCCAUCGCCGGGGCUAUGGAGAGCUUCUUGGGUUCGGCAGGAAAGGUCUCUUGA